CGAAAGCCCAGUCUCCCAGGUCUCAGUAGCAGCAGCAACAUGCCUGUAACGCUGGGUUACUGGGAUCUCCGCGGGCUGGCUCACUCCAUCCGCCUGCUCCUGGAGUAUACGGACACCAGCUAUGAGGAAAAGAAAUACAAGUUGGGCGAUGAUCACCAUUGCUGAUUUCCAUGUUUAUGAUGUCUUGGAUGAGAACCGUAUUUUUGCUCCUGGUUGCCUGGAUGCAUUCCCAAACCUGAAGGAUUUCAUGGCCAGAUUUGAGCUGGCUCACUCCAUCCGCCUGCUCCUGGAGUAUACGGACACCAGCUAUGAGGAAAAGAAAUACAAGUUGGGCGAUGCUCCCGACUAUGACCGAAGCCACUGGCUGAAUGAGAAAUUCAAGCUGGGCCUGGACUUCCCCAAUCUGCCCUACCUGAUUGACGGCACUCACAAGCUCACCCAGAGCAAUGCCAUUGUGCGCUACCUCGGCCGCAAGCACAACCUGUGUGGGGAGACGGAAGAGGAGAAGAUUCGCGUGGACAUUUUGGAGAACCAGGCUAUGGACAACCGCAUGCAACUCAUUACGAUCUGCUACAACUCUGACUUUGAGAAGCUGAAGCCUGACUACCUCAAGGGCCUCCCAGACAAGCUGACACUGUACUCCCAGUUCCUGGGGAAGCGGCCCUGGUUUGCAGGGGACAAGAUCACCAUUGCUGAUUUCCAUGUUUAUGAUGUCUUGGAUGAGAACCGUAUUUUUGCUCCUGGUUGCCUGGAUGCAUUCCCAAACCUGAAGGAUUUCAUGGCCAGAUUUGAGGCCCUGCCAAAUAUCGCUGCCUACAUGAAGACCAGUCACUUCAUCCCAAGACCUGUGUUUUCUAAGAUGGCCAAGUGGACAGGAGAUUAGGGUAUAAUUUCAAAGAUAGUAUAGGCUUUGGGCAGCUCAGUCUCCAGCCUUGCUUGAGCUUUCUCAGUCCUCUCUCUGCUGCCCAGCCUGCUGCACUCUGUCCUCUAAGCCAGCGCCUCCCAUACAGACCCUAGCCAGCCUCAGCUCUGCCCUCUCCCUCAGCCACAGCCCCUGGGCUAUUUCUCCUACACUAAGGCCCAUACUAUGGCUCCUACUCUGCUGUGAGGGGCCUGAGUGGCCCUGAGCUCCGGACAGAGAGAUCUCUGGGCCUGUGCUGACCCUGCUCCAGAGCAAGGUCUCCAUUGCACUGCGUGCUCCCUAGGAAGCCUGAAUCUCAGCCUGGGUCUGUCCUCUUCCCUGAAAGCCCUGACUUGGCAUUGACUGUGCUGGAGUUUCAGGAUCUUCAUUCUGUUGCCACAGCAGGACCUGGGGAGCAGGAUGCUGUGGGUGGGUGUACCUGGUCAGGUGAGGUUAAAUGGUGUGCUGGUCAUAUCUGUGCCCUGUGCAUGUUGCUCUGUUCCUCUCCUUGGUUUCUUCCUGCUGCGUGGCUCCUCAUUCCUGGAUCAUGGUGUCACGGUUUGAAACCUGAUGCAGCUUGGCUCUGUUUCUGAGAGCUGCAGGGUUGAUAGGGAGGGGCUGGCAGUCGUCAGGCAACCCACUGGGAGCUGCUCCAGGGUGCUUUCCCUGACAUGGAUAUUCCUGGUCUAUAUUUUCAGAAUGUUUCUCAAUAAAUAGUGUCACAUUAUCUAUAA